UUAGAUCGAAACGCGCUCCUAACAUCAUCCCAUUGUAAUCGCACGCAAAUAUUUGCGAGCAAAUAUAGUAAAAGUCGCGUUAAUUGUUUUGAUUAGCGGCGGCAUGCAUUCAAGUGACUGCACCUGAACGCGAAACAGGGAUAAAUCGCCGGUAAGUGAUGGCCAGAGUAAAUGUUGUGACUAAAAAUCGUGCGAUUGUGUAAAUCUGGACAGUGUUCAAGUUAAAUAAACCAUCGACAAGGACUUUUCGGUCAACAAUGGACGUUACAAAUGGGACUAAUUGUGGUGGAAAAUACACCAGACCUGGUUAUUGUCCGGAGAUUUUCGACGAGAUGCUGUGCUGGCCGGAGACCCUCGGGGGCACCACCGUGAACCAGUCCUGUCCGAAAAAAAUGGGAUACGACUCUCGCCGUUUCGCCUACAAAGACUGCCUCGAAAACGGCUCCUGGUUCAAGCACCCGAAAUCCGGCAAAAUCUGGACCAACUACACCACCUGUGUCGACCACGAGGACUUAGCUUUCCGAACUCACAUAAAUCACCUGUUCGUCAUCGGCUAUUCGAUUUCAUUGGCGGCGCUCGUCAUCUCGCUCGCCAUUUUCUUCACGUUCCGGACGCUGAAAUGCACCCGCAUCCGCAUCCACAUCCAGCUGUUUAUCUCGUUCGCCCUCAACAACCUCAUGUGGAUCAUCUGGUACAAAGAAGUCGUCCCUAAUCCUUUCGUCACCAUCCGCAAUGAGCUCUGGUGUCAGGCUCUUCAUCUCGUUGUACAUUACUUAAUGUUGGCGAAUUACAUGUGGAUGUUCUGCGAGGGCUUGCAUCUGCAUCUUGCUCUAGUUGUUGUCUUUGUGAGAGAUGCGGAAACGAUGAAGUGGUUUUUCGCGCUGGGAUGGGGCGCCCCUUUCAUCAUCGUCCUCAUUUACAGCGUUGUGAGGAUAUUCAUCUUAAAGGACAACUACAUGUGCUGGAUGGCCGACAGCUACUACAGCUCCUGGAUCCUCACAGCCCCCGUCUGCAUCUCCCUGCUUGUGUCUCUCAUAUUUCUGAUCAACGUGCUGCGAGUUAUUUUGACCAUUAUGCAUCCGAAUUCGGCCAAUCCGGCUCCCAUGGGACUGAGACGGGCUGCCAGAGCUGCACUUAUUCUCAUUCCGCUCUUCGGGCUCCAGCACAUUCUGAUACCGUUUAGACCGGAUAUGUACGACCCCUACGAGCAUCUGUAUCAGUACGUCACUGUCGUCGUUGUCACAUUGCAAGGUUUAUGCGUAUCGUGUCUGUUCUGCUUCGCCAACCAGGACGUCCAUCAGGCCAUUCGGGGUUUUAUGCACCGUAAGGUUUACCGGACGACUCGCUGGAGCAACUACCAUUACACCGGAGCCGCGGACAGCGCCGGGGUUUACGUGGUUAAUGGCAGCAGCCACUGCAACAAUGUGGGGCUAUUAUCACUGAAAAGGAAAUCGACAACCACUGUCAAACUGUAAAAAUGGGGGAGAUUUGGGGCCGAUUCCUCGGAUUGAGAGGGCGGUUUUUUACGUUUAUUUCAAUGUGCUGUUGCAUUGCUGUGGUUUAUGGGCCGUUCGGCGUAAAACUUGUUUGCCUGCGCCCACGGAUGCGGACGUUGCUGAAAAUUUUAGUACUUGAUGGAGGAAAAAGCGGCUAACGGCCGCACUCAGAAUAUCACGUUUUCUACUGUUCAGUAUUACUUGUACAUAAGUUAGUUUGUGUAAUGUUAGCCACCUAAAAUAAUUAUCCAUGUACCUAGUAGGUAAUAACUUUGAAAGGGAGCACAUGAUACGCUUACACCCUGAGUCAUUGUCAUUCGUGUCGUUCGACCUAAAUGUAAUAUGAAUAAAAUAAAACCCUGACAAGCAAAA